AUGCCCCUCUACGAAAUCCGCCACACAACCCCCCUCACCCCCACCCAAUGCGAUCGUCUCGCCUCAUCCCUCACAAAUUUACAUUCGACCAAAUUCUCUACACCGAAAUUCUUCGUCAAUGUAGUUUUUUUCUUCUCUGACCAAAAUUCCACUUCUGCUUCCAACAAUUCUUCGACUUCCGAUUCGACUUCCACUACUCGGACAUAUGUGGGAGGAAAACAACUCCAAGAGAAUAAUUACAUUGUCGCAAAUGUGCGUUCGGGACCGAGUCGGACGCAGAAGGAAUGGGAUGGGUUGUGUGAAGAGGUUGUGAAGAUUUGGGAGGGGAUAGUUUGUCAUGAUGGGAAGGAUGGGAAUGAUGGGAUUGAUGAGAAGAAGGGUGAUGAUGGAAAGGGAUUAAGGGCAGUUUUUGUAAUGGGAGGUUUAAUUGCGGGGUGGGAGGCAGGGUUUGUGAUUCCUAAGGCGGGAGAGGAUGGGGAGUGGUUGAAAAAGAAUUUGGGAGAGUUUGAGAGGAGGGCGAGGUUGGGGGAGGGCAUGUUUGGGGAUUUGGUGGAGGAGAUUGGGGAGAGGGGGUUGUUG